GGGCACCGAGUCAACAGGCACGACAGUGGGCUCCGAGUCAACAGGCACGACAGUGGGCACCGGGUCAUCAGGUAUCGGAUUGUCUGGCUCGACAGCGGGCAUCGGGUCACCAGGUAUGACAGCGGGCACUGGGUCACCAGGCAUCAGGUCAUUUGGCUUGCCAGCGGGCAACGCGUCAUCUGGCAAGGCAGUGGGCACGGGUCACCAGGUACCGGAUCAUCUGGAUCAACAGCGGGCAUCGAGUCAACUGGCCUAAUAGGAUCAUCGGGCUGGAUCAGUUCAUCAUGCUGAGUAGCGGCAUCAGGCUGAAUGCAGGCAU